AUGACUAGGCAGCCAAAGAAGGACGUUUGCGACGUUAGUUCUUGUGGGAUGCUUGAAAAAUUGGCUUCCGAAUGGGAUCUCGUUUCCUCGCUGCAUUGGACUGGGAACAACAAGCGUUUUCAUGGCAUGAAACCUCGGCUGUUUGGGGAGUCUCAUCUGGAAUCAGAUAAUAGAGUUUCUUUUCUGCUGCCUGUGGCAGCUGAUAAGUUAUUCUGGUACUGCAUCCAUAGAGUUUUCUUGUUAAAAAUACGGAAGCGGUUUACCGCCGCCUCCUUCGGCUCCUUCCCACCGACCAGCCUCGCCCGGACACCCCCCGGACACCCCCGGACACUGCAGGCCCGGCUCCGGACACCCCCCGGACGCCCCGGACACCUUCCGGACACCCCCCGGACCCUCCGGAUAACCCCCGGACACCCCCCGGACACCCCCCGGACACCCCCGGUCACUCCCAGACAUCCCCUGGACACCUCCCGGACACUCCCCGGACACCUCCCGGACACUCCCCGGACACCUCCAGGACCCCUCCCGGACACCCCCCGGACACCCCCCGGACACCCCCGGUCACCCCAGGACACCUCCGGGACACCCCCGGUCACCCCCCGGCCACCCCCCGGGCCCUCCGGACCCCGCGGACCCGGCUCCGGACAUCCCCCGGUCACCCCCGGAUACCCCCCAGACACCCCCGGACACCUCCCGGACACCCCUCGGACACCUUCCUGUCACCCCCGGACACCCCCGGACACCCCCCGGACAUCCCCCGGUCGCCCCCGGGACACCCCCGGACACCCCCCGGUCACCCCCCGGUCACCCCCGGGACGCCCUCGGACACCCCACGGUCACCCCACGGACACCCCCGGACACCCUCCGGACACCCCCGGACAUCCCCCGGACACCCCUCGGACACCCUCGGACACCCCACGGUCACCCCCCGAACAUCCCCCGGUCACCCCCGGGACGCCCUCGGACACCCCACGGUCACCCCCCGGACACCCCUCGGACACCCCUCGGACACCCCCCGGACACCCCUCGGACACCCUCGGACACCCCACGGUCACCCCCCGAACAUCCCCCGGUCACCCCCGCGACGCCCUCGGACAACCCACCGUCACCCCCCCGGACACCCCUCGGACACCCCUCGGACACCCCUCGGACACCCCCGGACAUCCCCCGGUCACCCCCGGACACCCUCGGACACCCCCCCGGUCACUCCCCGAACACCCCCCGGACACCCCCCGGACACCCCAGGACUCCUCCCGGACAGUCCCCGGUCACCCCCGGCCCCCCUCCGGAGCCCCCAGGCCCCGGUGA